CUCCACAGCCCCUCCUUGUUUUUGCUGCCGCUGUGCGCGAUGUUGUAAUGUUUACAUUGAGCCACGAACCUCCCCAGCCGUCACUUUGGUGUGGUUUAGCUCGACUUGCAUCCGGUAGACGAGGUUCAAAAAGUCUGCAGCGACCGCGUUCGACUCGAAACGCACACUAACGAAUAGCGACGCAAAUCAUGUUUCGCGAUGGAUGAUGUUGGAAAUAAUUCAUGUUGCGUUUGCAGGCGUACAAAGUACGUAGCUGGAACAUCGAAUCCGUACAGAAAUGCAGUCUGUUUGCUGUUCUAUCGUGCGAUUGCAAAAUUACAUAACUGGCUAGUCCUCAUAGGACACCAUGGCCUCCCUCCACUAUUCAGUCAUACUCGCUCACUUUGCCUUUAAGAGGACUCUUGCUCUGCGCGGGGGCUUCAACGCGAUUAUCAAUGAUUUCACUCUCGUGCUGCUGUGAUUGCAUGAAGCUGGGAAGGCAUCAAAAACUGUGUCGACACAACAUGGGUUAAGACAAUCGGAGGCGACAUACAAGUGCCUCCGCCACUGUGUAGUUUCGUUUCCCAGAGAGUGACUCGUCUGCACGACGUCACCAAUGCGACCAUGGGAAGUAGCAGUAAAUAGGCUGCCCCCAACAGCCCCCUUGAACCCGAGGAGGUUCCUUGGAGAGCCCUGUAACACCCCUGUGCAUCUCAGGAGAAGCCCACCAGUGAGGCGCCAGUGGGGGCUACGAGACAGGCCUUUGCUGCACUCUUCCCUGGUCCAGGAUGAGAAUCUCCAUCAUCUACUUUUCUCCCAGCAUCACCAACAGGUUCCUUUAGAUGAAUCCAGACAAUACAGCCCCACCAGCACACCCCCACGUAUGCUUCACUUUGCGGCCCACCUGCCUCAGCAGAACCCCAUCAUGGUGGAUUUACACGAGCAGAUGCCCCAGGGAUCUGUUCCAAUAUCAUACACUGUUACGACGGUGACGACCCACGGAUUUCCCAUCCACGCUGGGCAACCUCUGCCGGGGUGCAACACUCAGCAGCUCCCAGCAUGCUCGGUAAUGUUCAGUGGACAGCUCUCUCUACUCUGCUGCCUUCCUCCUCCUCUCAUACAGGCAUGUACAAUGCAGCACAUGCCGGUAUCUUACCAAGCCUUCCCGCCCCUGAUCUCCAGCGAACAUUUUGUAUUGCACCCAAACCCAUCUGUACCCCCCCACCAGCCGCCGCACCUUACUUCGAUGAGCCAAUUUGUCCCUUUACAGCCUCAGCAUCCACGCAUGCCUCUACAGAGAGUAGAGAAUGAAGUUGACCUUAGAGGGGACCAGCACCCGUUAGGUACCUUCUCUUACCCUCCCUCACAUCACCCACCAGCGCUGCCUCCAUCUCUGCCCAUACAGUACCUUCCUCAAGAGCCUCUGCAUCAGGAGCUUCCCUUUGGAGUGCCAUAUUCUCACAUGCUGCCACGGCGAGCAAGUGGACAGAGAUACCGGCUACAGCAGCCUCUUCCUCCACCCCCUCCUCCUCCAUCCUACUACCCAGGCUUCCUCCCUUACUUCCUCUCAAUGCUUCCUGUGCCUCCAACAGCAGUAGGCCCAGCCAUCAGUCUUGACCUUGAUGUGGAUGAUGUAGAAAUGGAGAACUAUGAGGCUUUACUGAAUUUGGCCGAGAGGUUGGGUGAAGCAAAACCACGCGGACUCAACAAGGCUGACAUCGAGCAACUUCCAUCCUACAGGUUCAGCUCAGAGAAUCAUCUAUCUGAGCAAACAUUGUGCGUUGUGUGCUUUAGUGACUUUGAGUGUAGGCAGCUACUUCGUGUAUUACCCUGCAAUCACGAAUUCCACGCCAAAUGUGUGGAUAAAUGGUUAAAGACCAAUCGCACUUGUCCCAUCUGCCGAGCCGACGCGUCGGACGUGCACCGGGAGGCCGAGUGAGAGCUGAAGUGGAAAAUGCUGCGCACAUGCCAGAGUUAGUCCGAAAGCUGUGGACACCUACCACUAACUACAGUUAACAAUCCACUUCCUAAAUAAUAAGCAGUCCGGGAUGGUUCCCGGAGCCUAUUGUACCUCUGCUGUGCUUCAUUUGUCACAAGUCUUGUGGGGAAAAAAAACAAAAACAAAACAAAACCCCCGCUAGCAGCCAGAAGGCGGGAGUGCUGGAAUCACCAGCUGGUUCUUUCUCUGGCCUUCCCCGUUCCUUGUUGCAGAUUCCAAAGAGUUUCCCUAUCCGUGCGCAUUGUUUGCUGCUUUUCUUUACAGGGUUGUAUUUGUUGAGAUAAGUGAGGUUCGUCACGGUGGUGGUCUUCGUGAGGGAAGGGAAGGAGUCAGGAACCUGGAGGAUGGAAGGCUGGACACAAUUAACAGAGACUAAUAAUAGGAUGUGUUGAGAAAGCACCAUAGAUGCAUGUUAGUGUUGGCUAAACGGGCUUCUUCUUAUAUCUGUUCUGCAAUACGCUAUUGAUCAUUUUGACAGUUUUGGGUCCACUUUCAAUUCAGCCUGAGCUUUGAGACUGCAAGUGAUGUGCAUCUGCCACACCAUCCUCUCCGAAACGCACAUGUAUCCAAAAAGGUGUCUUGGAUUCAUGGACGAUAUCAUUUCAAGGUCACCUAGCGUAACUGCACAAGUGCUACGUGUCUCCUCUGCGUGCGUGCGUUUCCUGUUCACGGAGCCGACGUGUUGUGUAACCACUGGAUACAGGGCGGCAUGCUUGGAUUUGCAUGAACUGUUGAUUCCGACUAGCAAUAUUUACAGCAAGCAUUACCACCAAAAUGAUCCAACUUAAGGGGUUGAGGGGGGUGGGGGGGGGGGUUCAUCUUAAAGGAGCGGCUCGCUUAUGUGGAAAGACGAGCAUUAAAACAGAUGCGCGUCGCCGCAGUCCGAACGGCGUGCUGGCGUCCUGUGCUGACAGCAAUAUGUCCGCAGCGCCAACUUUGAAUGGACUUGUAUCUUCCCGUUGAAGGAAGUCGUGGCUGUUAAUGUCUUGUUUGUUUGUGAGCCAAAUCCAGUACAUAAAUAUCGCCUACUUUUCCAGAUGUUAGACCUGCCUUCUUAUGACCUUGACAAGCACAAACCUAUCACUAAUCCUGACAAAUAACUGUGUCAUUUUCACCAUUUCUUAAAGGUUUAUUUAUUGCUUUGUAACCUUUGAGAGAAACUUAAGUUGAAGGAAAGCGUUUGGAGCACUAACAAUGUUUGCGUUUAGGUUGUGGUUACGUGGUCAUCAGCUUAAUGGCGGUGUUUCAAGGAAAGUAAAAAAAGAACAAGUGUAUUAAUAACUUGCGCGUGAAUGCUUUUUAGAUUUGAAGACAAGACGAAUGUCGUAGAAGUCACUGGUCACACUGCUCAGCACGCCGUCCAUCUUGCACCGCAAUGUGACCCGCACGGAGUUCAAAUGACGGAACGUGUUCAGUAGUGUACAAACACUGUUGGACUUCUCUUUUUCCUGCUUGUGUUGACACUUAAUGAAAAAAAAAGAAAGAAAAAAAAUUAGUAAGCACUAACGGGCAGUCGUAAGCGUUUGCUUUUACGUGUAAAGGGAUCUUGCCUUUUUCUUUACUUCAGUGUCUUAAGUGAAUGUGAGUCGUUGACGUGUGUGCCAUUAAAAAAAAAAAAAAAAAAAAA